GGUCUCCUCUGUUUCACCCAGCAACCUUAACCUCCUGACGCCUUUUCUUUCCCAAGCCAUGGAUGUCUUCUCUCCAUCCCAGCUCUACUACGACAGAGCUUGUGCCUCCUCUCCAGAUAGCCAGGAGUUUGGCACUAGCAUGGAGCUCACUGGCUCCGAGGAGGAUGAGCACAUCAGAGUACCUGGAGCCCCCCACCAGCCUGGACAUUGUCUCCAGUGGGCCUGCAAGGCCUGCAAACGCAAGUCCAGCUUUGUAGACCGCAGGCGGGCUGCCACCAUGCGGGAGCGCCGGCGGCUGAAAAAAGUCAACCAUGCUUUCGAAGCUUUAAGGCGCUGCACGUCGGCCAACCCCAGCCAGCGUUUGCCCAAGGUGGAGAUCCUGCGCAACGCCAUCCAGUACAUUGAGAGUCUGCAGGACCUGCUGCGAGAACAGGUGGAGAGCUUUUACAGUCUACCUGGAGAGAGUAGCUCCGAGCCAGGCAGCCCACUGUCCAGCUGUUCUGACAGUAUGGCUGGAAGCAACAGCCCAGUGUGGCAACACCUGAAUGCAAACUACAGCAACGGCUUUUCAUAUGCAAAGAACGAGAGUUUGGAUGACAAAGCUCUUGGCGCCUCCAGUUUGGAAUGCCUGUCCAGCAUCGUGGACCGCCUGUCCUCGGCAGAGUCCAGCUGUGGACCAGCCGGCCUGAGGGACCUGACCACCUUCUCUCCUGGCAGCUCCGAGUCUCAGCCGUGCACGCCAGAGAGCCCGGGUUCCAGACCUGUCUACCAUGUCCUGUGAAGGGAAAACCAUGCUUUGAUACGAAUAGAUUGCCACGGGUGGCGAUGGGACAACAGUUUCCUCAGACACCAGCUGCUUUUGCAACAAAACUGAUAGUAAGAAGUUUUUUUGUGCAAAGUAGAUGAGGACAGCGAAAUCUGUGGCUAAUAUCUUUCAUGCUGUACAUGAGAUUUUGUAAAUAUGUAAUAUAACACCAAUUUAUUCCACAUGUGCUAUGAUACCCAAUGUGAUAUAUUUAAUGUAAUGAUGCAUUAUUCAAUUUUGAAAUAUAUUUAAACUGUGCCAUAAUGUUUGUUUUUUUCACUCUAUGUUGUGUUUAUUGUUUUGCUCAAAUGUUUGAAGGUUUUAAGUUUUCCAAGAAUUAUGUAUUCACAUUCAAUAAUAUUUUCAGAAAGGCAGGAACACAAUUAUUGUCUUUAAUUUUGUGUGAUUAUCAUUCCUGAUUUGGUUUGUCUGCAUUUUGUUUUGUAAAAGAUUAACUAUUUUCCACUUCUCAUUAAAGAAAA